UUGACCCAUUGCCUCUCUUUGCUUCUUCAUUCUCACUCUCUCAACAGAAGAUGCUUCAAGGUCGUCCUCAUCUCCUUCCUUCGUUCAUCUUCAUAUUCUGUUCAUGCUGCUCCAUCCUCAACGGCGUCGUUUCGGACCCACAGACCAAUCUUCUUAAGAGCGAGUGUAAUCCGUCCUUCGUCUACCUCGUGUCCAGCAUCUCCAUCUUCGACAGAAACCUAAACACGACGUUGAGAGAUAUCAGAGGGCAGAUCAGUGAACAGAAUAAGCGCUUCGCCCCCGCACAGGAAGGUAAUGGAGGAAACCCAGUUUCCACUCUUUUCCAAUGCAGAAACUACCUCUCCAUCGCCGACUGUCUUGCUUGCUUCGACGUCGCUGCGGCUCGAAUACUCAACUGCACCGCCGGAGCCUCUGGUGCCCAUGUUGUCUACGACGGCUGCUUCCUCAAGUUCGACAUUAGCAGUGCUUUCCUUGAUGAGACAACACAAACUUUCAACACAGCAGAUUGUGGUAAUCAGACUGAAGAUGACGAUGGAGCCACAACAUUCACAUCAGUUGCACAACAAUUGCUGAUGAAUCUUCAAACAGUAACACCAAAUAUUAGAGGAUCUUUUGCAGCCAUGAAGAUGACAGUGUCUAACGUUGGUCCAACUAUUUAUGCCUUUGCCCAACGUAUUGAAACCAUAACACAAAAUGAGUGCCUCAGUUGCUUGAAUGCUGGAUACAACAAUAUAAAGACUUGUCUUUCCUACUCAGAUGGUAGGGCUUUUGCCGAUGGGUGUUUCAUGAGAUACUCCACAACUUCCUUUUUUCCUGAUAACCAGACUAUUGAUAUCAUACCUGCCUUCAAACAAGGUUCAAGUAACAAGGGGGCCAUUACUGCUGGAGUUGUUUCAGGUGCUGCUCUUGCUUUGCUCCUCGUUGCAUUAUUUGCUUGGAUGAGACGAACUAAAAGCCCAAAGAGGGUUCCUAGAGGGCAUUUUGGGGAAUGGGAAAGUAGUUGCAGUAAAGAAAUUAGCUUUACAAGCCUCCAAUAG